AGCUGCUGGCGUGUGGAGAUCCUAGGAGCUUCGGAGCCGGCGCUCGGAGCCGCGCGACUGGAGCAGGCGGCGGAGACAAAGGCGACGAUAGCGCCAGUGUUGAGUGAAACACAGAAACCAAAUGAGAAGAUGUCUUCAAGGAACAACUGCUAAUGAGUCUGCAGAGUCGCCUGUGUGUCUUUCAGCGUAGUCUCCACUCAGAGCUGAGUGAGUGGCCCCAUUGAUGAGUGACCUGCUGCCGGCUCUGGACCAAAGCUGUUCUGUCCUUCCCACUGACUUGGAACCAGUCUGUAGAACCGGAAGCAGAGAAAAGAAGCAAUCAGACUUCCCUUUCAAUCAACUCGUGACAUUUGACUCCAGAGACAGAGGCACAGUGAAAUAGUUAUCUGACGACCAUCCUCACUUUGAGGGCGCACAUCGUGGAGCUUCCUGUGUGAAGAUUUGGAGCCUUCGUGGUGCUUGCUCAGGCCUUGGACUGAGCAUGAGUGAAUUCUGGCUGUGCUUCAACUGCUGUAUUGCAGAGCAGCCUCAGCCUAAGAGGCGACGACGGAUUGACCGAAGUAUGAUUGGGGAACCAACCAACUUUGUGCACACAGCUCACGUAGGAUCCGGAGACCUAUUUAGUGGGAUGAACUCGGUCAGCUCCAUUCAGAACCAGAUGCAGUCCAAGGGAGGUUAUGGAGGAGGAAUGCCUGCCAAUGUGCAGAUGCAGCUUGUGGACACAAAGGCAGGAUAGCCCUGGUCCCUUCAUCUGUCAUUGUGAACUCCCGUAUUUUCUCUGUCCACAGUUCUAUAAUAUUUUUGUCUUGUGAUUGGAUUUCUUUUAUUUUAAUUAUAAAAAAGAAGUGUGGCGGCAAUCUGUUCACCCUGUGAUCUCCAGCAAAGAUGUUCCUGCUCCAGGGAAGGCAGUGUCAGGCCGACCUGCCUUGCCGUUAGCGGCAUGCAUGCCUGGGACUCUGACAGAGUUCUUUGGAUCGUAGCUGAAUUUUCAAUGUUUAAUUGACAUGGAUCGGAUCUUAGCAUGGUCUUCUUUGUGACUGCUAGCACUGUAUUGUAAUUUUCCAUUUUAAACCUUUUCGUUGCACCUCCAGCCCCUCUGCCGUAUGAUUUACUGGUAAACAAAGAGCUGUAAUUACUGCCAUCGUUUAUGUAUAUUUGGAAGGUAUGAGACCCACAGCACAAUAGUCCUUUGCAGCUGUGGAACGUGCGUGGAGUGCGUCUGCACACUCCAUGGUGCUGCUCAGAGGGGACCCCAUGGGACACCAGACCUCCAUCCUGAGCUGCUGCAGCCUGAGGUGGCUCCCCUCUCAGAGGAGGCUCUUUACACAUAUUCCGAGUGGGUUCUGGUCUGACAAGAGCCGUGACAGGAAAGCCUGCGUUGCAGAGGCAGUGGCUUGGCUGUAAAUGUUGAGUGUAUUUAUUUGAGAGUAAGGACCUGUGAUUGUGAGCAGAUGCAGUCUGGAUCUGAGUGUGUGAAGCCCAUUCAGUCUCUCAGCAUCUCCGUCCUGUUAGCUCUUUGUGUUUCUAAGACUUUUGGGGUCAGAUUGCUCCCCCUGUCUGUGAGUUCAGAUUCCGGCCUCUGCCACCAGCUGUGACUCGCAGGGUCCUUGGCCUUCCAGUGUUCACUUACCAUGGACGCUGUGGCAGCUUCCAACAGCAGCCUGCUGCCUGGCUGCCUCAGUGACCAGCCCUCAGUAACAUUCUGAGGGUAGUAAGAGGCCUUUGCUCAGGUCCCGUUCUGUCCUCUUCCCUGCUGAGUGUAAGUAGCUGGGCCCUGUGGUCCACAGUACUUUCUAUCUGCCUUUGACUGAUCGAUUAGCAUUUGUGCAGAAGAUGGGUCUUAACUCAGAUUAGAGCACUGAAGGCACGUAGGUCCUCGGCUAGAGAAGCUGUGAUCUUUUCUUUUCUGCCUUCACCUGUCCCCGUCCUGAGAAUGCUGACUGAAGAGCCACUAGGCUGAGGCAGGCAAAGCCAAAAGCAUUUCCCUCUGUUUCUUCAGAGCGUAACUUACACAGGGUGGAACACUGGGUGACCUGAUUCUUACCAUUCUUAGGUGUCAGUCCUGAGCACAGAGGAUUUCUCUGUCUAGGAGAAACGUUUUCUUCACUGGAUGGACACUGCACUCUAGAGUCUGCCAUUCUGCUUAGCCAGGGUGAGGUUCCUGCCAGGGCACUGCUGUGUGCAGACUUUCUGUAUAACAGACAGGGAAUUCUUGGCAUCGUCGGCACUGAUGGAUGGGACAGCACAGGGAGCCAUUGUCCCCUCCCCCAUCACUGUUUGCUGCUCCAAGGCCAGUCAUUAAUAAGCCAAAGGCUCCUGAAGCCCAUGAUGGUCCUGGCAGCCUCUGACCUCUCGGCACAGUGAGACACUGUCCCCAGCACAGCGCCUGGUGCCCUGGAGGGUUCCAGUAAGGUCGAGAGAGUGUACAGCGUGACCUGGUACAUGCUGGUUAUGGAGGCCUGAGGAUGCCGGCAAAGGUGCAGGGACAUGUCCCACCUCCUCCAAUGGGAUCGUAAACCUUGGGAACUCCUCUGUUCCCCUAGUCACACAUCUCAUUUUUAAAUUGGAGCUAAUAGGAUUUUGUACCCAGAAUUUAUUAUAUUGUUAAUAUUUCUCUGAAAUACAUGGUAACAACUAGUAAGCAGGAGAAACAGCAGAUCGCAGCGGUGUGCUGGGCGCAGCUUCUCCAGUGGGCCUGGAAAGUGUUUGGUCAUGAAACGGAGCUGUUGGUGAGAGCAGCUGCUUGAUCUGCUCGGUGACUCGUGCUCAGCCCCAGAAGACAAGAUGGACGUAUUUUUAUAAUCUAAGCAUACUUUUUUUGUACAUUGUGUUCAUUCUUGAAUAAAGUGAGCUCACUGUUGGCUUGUAGAUAUUAAAAAAGAAAGUAUUGAUUUUGAUUCAAUAAAUGUUUUCUUUUA